UCCCAACUCUCCCUCCCCCAAAUUAAUAUUAUUAUUUUCCUGAGAACUCCAUCCAUUACUUAAUAGAACUUCGUCAUUUCAAAAGCAAAGGUUGCAGCCACGGUCUGACAGUGAAACAGGAUAAUAGAGCAGUAAUGUCAAAGAUGUUCUAAUUAUCGGGAGCAACAGUCCUGUAGGCACCUGUGAUUUGGAAUUGCAGAUUUCACUGAAGAGGCGUUGCUACUUCCAAGCAGGGAAGAAAAUGAUGGAUACAUCAUCCGUAAACAUCAAAGCAGGGGCCACAUAGGCUACAGCGGUGCAGAGUGCGAGAUCUAGACAAGAGCCUGCGGUCCAACUUUCCAAACCGAGGUAAAUACCGCCCAAAAGAUGCCUGUUCGGCGGGGACACGUGGCUCCUCAGAACACUUUUCUGGAUACAAUCAUCCGAAAAUUCGAAGGACAGAAUCGCAAGUUCAUCAUCGCCAAUGCUCGCGUGGAGAACUGCGCCAUCAUCUUCUGUAACGACGCCUUCUGUGGCAUGUGCGGCUACACACGCGCUGAGGUCAUGCAGAAGCCGUGCACCUGCAGCUUCCUGUACGGGCCGCACACCAAGAGGCCUGCCGUGGCCCAAAUGGCCAAGGCUCUGCUGGGCUCCGAGGAGAGGAAGGUGGAGAUCUCCCUCUACGCCAAAAAUGGUAUGUGUUUCUCCUGUAAAAUUGAUGUGGUGCCAGUGAAGAAUGAGGAUGGCUUGGUGAUCAUGUUCAUCCUCAACUUUGAGCUGCCCACUGAUCCGCCUAUUCCCAGCUCCCCGACCAGAGAGCUCAACAAGCUGCCCAUCCCCUGGCUUCCCCUAGCACGUCGGCAUAGGUUCCGUCUGCCCUCCGCCCUGCUCCGCUCCCUCAGCAACAGUAAACAUUCCCUGGAGGAUGACACCGAGCUGGGCCACCAGCGGGACUUCUCUGCCCUGGGGCAUGAGUCUGUAGCCCUGGACAAGCUGCUGUCCCUGCCAGAGCGCCGGCGGCUGGGGGGCACCGGGGUACUACUCUGGGACGAAGACCAGAGGGCCUUGCUGGGAGGUGACCCUGUCUCUCCCACCGGGGACCCCUCGGAUGCCCCUCAAGCCCUGUCCCUGGCCAUGGGCUUCUCCCAGUCCUCCCCCAGGCUGCACUGCCUCUGGGUGGACGAGGACUGUGGCUCCAACUGCAGCGUGAUGCCCAGCCGCUCCUAUGAGAGCCUCUGCAGCCCGCUGCACGCCUCAUCUGUGGAUGGCAUCAAGACUCGCAGGGGACGGUCCAGCUGGCACGGGAAGCUCCAGACGCGGCCCAGCAGCACAGGCGGAAUGAAGUCCAGUCUGCAUAAUGUUACAUCUGACUCCACGUCUGACCCGAACCUCAUCCGCUUCCGGACCUUAAGUCACGUGACCCAGCUCAACCCACUGGACAACAGGCCAGACCCCCUGGUGGCCCUCCCAUCUGCAGAGAUUGACAUCAUCGCCCCCUGUAAACUAAUGGACCGCACACACGGGGUCACUGAGAAAGUCACUCAGGUCCUCUCACUAGGCCCAGAUGUCCUACCAGAGUACAAGCUCCAGACCCCCCGUAUCCAUAAAUGGACCAUCCUGCACUACAGCCCCUUCAAGGCAGUGUGGGACUGGGUCAUCCUGCUCCUGGUCAUCUACACAGCCAUCUUCACACCCUACUCCGCGGCCUUUCUCCUCAGUGACCAGGAGGAGGCAGCCAUGCAGACCUGUGGUUACUGCUCUCCACUGAACGUGGUGGACCUCAUCGUGGACAUCAUGUUCAUCGUUGACAUCGUCAUCAACUUCAGGACGACAUACGUAAACACCAACGACGAGGUGGUCAGCCAGUCGCAGCGGAUUGCCGUGCACUACUUCAAAGGCUGGUUCCUCAUAGACAUGGUGGCGGCUAUCCCCUUUGACCUGCUCAUAUACCGCUCUGGAGAAGAGACAACAACCCUGAUUGGCCUGUUAAAGACUGCUCGGCUACUGCGAUUGGUGCGUGUAGCUCGGAAGCUGGACAGAUACUCUGAGUACGGAGCGGCCGUCCUCUUCCUCCUCAUGUGCACCUUUGCCCUUAUCGCUCAUUGGCUGGCCUGCAUCUGGUACGCAAUUGGUAACGUGGAGCGUGCAGGAGCGGCCCGGAUUGGCUGGUUGGACUCUCUGGGGGACCAGCUCGGAAAGCCCUACAAUCAGACUGUACCAGGGUCAGGUCCCUCCAUCAGGGACAAAUAUGUCACAGCACUCUACUUUACCUUCAGUAGUUUGACCAGCGUGGGCUUCGGGAACAUCUCCCCUAAUACCAACUCUGAGAAGAUCUUCUCUAUCUGUGUAAUGCUCAUCGGCUCUCUCAUGUAUGCCAGCAUUUUUGGUAAUGUGUCAGCCAUCAUCCAGCGGCUGUACUCCGGCACGGCUCGCUACCACACCCAGAUGCUGCGGGUUCGAGAGUUCAUCCGCUUCCACCAGAUCCCCAACCCACUGAGGCAGCGGCUGGAGGAGUACUUCCAACAUGCCUGGUCCUACACUAACGGCAUUGAUAUGAAUGCUGUGCUGAAGGGCUUCCCAGAGUGCUUACAGGCUGAUAUCUGCCUGCACCUCAACCGCACCCUGCUGCAGAACUGUAAGGCCUUCAAAGGCUCCACUAAGGGCUGCCUGCGGGCCCUGGCCAUGAGGUUUAAGACCACCCAUGCCCCGCCAGGCGACACCCUGGUCCAUGCCGGUGAUGUCAUCUCAGCCCUCUACUUCAUUUCCCGUGGCUCCAUAGAGAUCCUGAGAGGGGAUGUGGUGGUGGCCAUCCUGGGUAAGAAUGACAUCUUUGGAGAGCCCAUUAACCUGUAUGCCUGUCCAGGGAAGUGCAAUGCAGACGUGAGGGCUCUGACCUACUGUGACCUCCAUAAGAUCAACAGGGAGGACAUGCUGGAGGUGCUAGAUAUGUAUCCCGAGUUCUCUGACUACUUCUGGGGGAACCUGGAGAUCACGUUCAACCUCCGGGAUGUUGCCACGGUAGCUGGUUCAAUGAGCAGUGAGGACUCUGAUCAUUGUGGAGUCAGCCGUCGUAUUCACAGACAAAAACUGUCCCUCAGUUGCAGCUCGGACAGAGAGGCAGAGGAAACCAAUCCACCCCAGAGACAUGUCCGCAGGGCCAGAGGCCAGAGCUCCAGAGCACAGGGAGAUGGGCAGAACACAGAGUCUCAGGGCCUGAUGAGCUCAGCCUAUUCUCCUUUCUACUCCAGUGAAGAUGAGGAGUCAGUGUUAACCAGCCCUGUACAACCAACUUCACUAGUCGGGAUCCCCCAUGGCCAGACCACCAACAUCAGCAGUGCGGUGGAGGAUGAGAUGAACCAGAAGACUGGCAAUACCUGCAAUCCUCUCUCAGGGGCUUUCUCAGGCGUCUCCAACAUCUUCAGUUUCUGGGGGGAGAGCCAAGAACAGCAGCAGUAUCAAGAGGUGACCUGCCACUGCCUGCCCUCCACUCCCCCUCCUCCCCCUCUCCACACUGUCCUGAGCAACAUCAGCCGACGGCAGCGCAGCGAGCUGGAGAACAGGCUGGAACUGCUGCAGAGACAGCUCAACAGGAUGGAGUCACGGAUGUCCACAGACAUCGGGGCCAUAAUGCAGCUGCUCCAGAGACAGAUGGUGCUGGUGCCCCCGGCCUACAGCACAGUGUCCUCUCCCCCUGAACCAUCCCCCUCCCUCACCCUGAGGCCUGCAGAGAGGCUGGUGCAGCCCGUCUCACCGCUGGACUCAGAGACCCUGGCCUCCCUCUCACAGUUCUUGAUCCAAACAGAUUUUGACUACAGCCUUUCCAAGUCCUGUGAGUCUCUCCACAGUGCAGGGGAGCUGUGUCUUCUGGAGCCAACCCGAGUCCUGGAUCCAACCCCAGUCUUAGACCCUCUCCCCAAGACUCCGCCUCUUGGCAACAGCAUCCACCCAGAGCAUCGAGCCCUGGGCUUGUCCAUCCAUACAGAUACUGAGCCCUUAAGCCUGGUCAACCAUGGGAACUUCUCAGCGCCAGGGACAGGAUUGGCCCAGUCAGACCCCUCAGACGGCCGAAGGAGGCUCUCGCUGCCAGGGAAACGCACAGCUCUGGACCUGGAGAGCCCCUGGACUACUGCACACAGAUACAGUUCUGACCCUGGGAGUUAGGGGCCAAACAGUGUGUGUGUAACACGAUCUCCCUGCUUAUGGACAUAGAGUCGUAAGAGGUACUCAAACAAAAACAUAUCCAUACUGUUUCCCUCUCUGCCCGUGAAAUAAAAUGUCCUGUGCGUGGAUACAAUUAUUUUCUGGUCAUAGAAGUCCUCAAAGCAUCACUUUUCACAGAUUUAUGCUACCAUUUACAGUAUUCUAAUGGAAACAUAUUUGUCCUUGUUAGUCAAUAUCUGUCUCUGCUGUAUAUGUCCUUGUUGUCACCAUGUAUGGGUUAAGUGUUAGCUGACUAACAGAACUCUGUUCUGUCUCAUGGAGUUGUGACGGGAGAGCUGCUGCUAAUUUUCAUUAGUCUACUGAUGUUGCUCUAACGUCUGUCUGGCUCAAUGGGUAACAGAAAUGAAUUCUGGGAUCCAUAUCUAAUUCUUAAAUUACUGAACUGAAUUAGCAAGCAAUAUGCAAACUGUAAAACAUUUCUGUUUUGUUAUCAUUGUGUGGUAUCCUCUCAUCUAGUUAGUCUAGAUGUUGAAUGAGAUGGCGUGCGCGCUGAGUAACAUAAUAUCCAAUCCUAGGCCAGCAGAGGAUCACAGAAUUAUGACCUAAUCUACUGAAUGUAGUAUCUGUCAGACCACAGCAAUAUUCCACGAUGCAAGCGUAUCACCUGGGCCUCAAUUCUCCUCCUCUCUCUGACUGCAGAAGACCGACUACUCAGUUACUGUAACAAGCAACUCCAAUGUGUAAUGACAAUGUUUACACAUUUUAGAGCAGGACCUGUAUGUGUUAGAACAUUUUAGUUUAGGUUGUAUCUCUUGUUUGAUAAAAUAUUUAGAUAAAAUAUAUUUCCAAGAAAUCAUUCAAAGAACAUAUCAUUAUGGAUUAUUGCUUAAUUGUCAUUCUGAAUAGUACCAUUAGCCUACCUAUACUGUUAUAGUGUGUUACUGUCCAGUUCUGGGAAAUAGAUUACUGCAGGAAAAGUAGCUUGUUAUAUAGGGAUAUAUUGUAAAAAAUCGGAACUAUUAUUGUUUGGGUCAGGGUACAGUAUUUAUUGAUUCAGUUGAAUAGAGUUACUGUGUAGCUUGAUGUAUAUUUGAUAAUGAACAGUUGGAUACUAUUCAUGAAUAAA